AUGAUUGUAGACUAUGUCACCGAUCUGUUCGAUAAAGAUAUUCAUGGGUUAGUCAUGGAUACAUAUGGUAUUUGGGCAAUCGACUGGAUCAAUAAUCGACAGAGGACGAUGUUGAAUGGCUUUGAACUUAAAAAGAACGACCUAGAUAAUUGGUUUGGAGAUGAAUUAUUUGAUUAUAUUUUUGGUGAUGAAGAAAUGUUUCGAUUUCUCGAUGGCUACACUAUCCAGCGUAACGACGGUGUGAAGACAACGAUUCAACGAUUCGGUAUCCGACAUUUUGCUAUGAAUGUUUGGCUUGACACGCUGUUCCAAAGAGUUCUCUGA